UUCAUAGCUAAACGCAUCACUCUAGUUUUGCAUGCAGGACCAGGCGGAUUUAUUGCGGCUCUUGCUUAUUUCUUGUAUGAAGUGAAUUAUUGUAACGGAUAAGGCCAGAGACGGUUAAUAUUGUAAUUGAAAAGUAAGUGAGGACGUGUUAUUCAUUAAAUGUCGCUGAUACCUUUUAUUUUGGACUUGGCCGACGAGCUGCAUGAGUUAGGCCGUUGCUUGGCCAACGGGAUGGAUAUCGAUGAUUUUGGUUUCGGUAUUUAUCCCAGUGCUGAGCAGCCAACAUCUACUACAAACUUACAUCAGCAGCAAAGUCCCAGACGUUCACGUCCGACCCCUUUGUAUUGGCUGCCAUCAAAGCGUCAUCAUCCUUAUUGCCGCAACACAAAGACACCUUGCUGUAGUGGCAAGGCCAAUGCAGAAGAUAUUAAUUCCUCUUCUGCAGAUAAAGAUUUAAGUGCCGCUACCAGCGCAUCAGUUAAUAAUUCAAAUGCUUCUGGGAAAUCGGCGGCUUAUUCAGUAGUAAAUAGGAAUGGUUUUCAAGUAAGCAUGAAUGUAAAGCAAUUUUCACGUAAUGAGCUUACUGUGAAAACAAUCGAUAAUUGUAUUGUGGUCGAGGGCCGACACGACGACAAGGAGGACGGACACGGCCUCAUUUCACGUCAUUUUGUACGUAAAUACAUGUUGCCGAAGGGCUACGAUCCAAACGACGUCCUCUCGACUCUAUCUUCGGACGGGAUUUUAACGGUUAAGGCUCCUCCUCCACCGAAUGUUAAAAUUGCUGAGCGCCAAGAGCGCAUAAUCGAAAUUCAGCCGUUUUCUGGACCAGCCCAACUUCAAGCGUCUGCAAAAGAAAAUACCAAAGAGCCGGCAAAGAAAACUUCAGCUGCAAGUGCCAUUAGUCAGCCACCAGAAAAAAAGCAAAAACUGGAUUUAUCGCUGCAGCAACAGACAGAAACUAUUCAAAUGCAGGAACAAAACAAUGAAAUAAAAAAAGUUGCUCAACCACUAAACGAGUGUAACGAGCAAAUACAACAGGAGCGAGAUGAAGACGUACAACAAGAAACCCCUCAAAAACAACAUCAAUCGAUUGGCGAGAAAUCGGCUGAGAAGGAAAUUGUAGUUGCUGCUGAAAGUGGAAAAUUAGAGCAAAACGGUAAAAAAAGCUCUCAUGAGACAUUAAUUGCCGAGUCAGAGAGUCAAGCUGAUUCACUCUUGGAUACCUCGACAACAGCUGAGAUUAUUCCAUCAAAUGUGAGUGAAAUUCAAGAGAUAAAUUUAAACACCGAAACUUCCAAUACCAUCGUCAACGAUAUCGCCAUGACCGACAACGGUGUCGAUAAUGCUGCCGGAAACUCCACCAAAACCGUAACUGCAGAAACAAUCGCAGGCGAAGAUACCAAUGCCAACUCAACAAAUACAAUGGUAGUAAAAAACAGCAUCAUUUCCACUUCCACUAUUGCCGUAUUAACGUUACAUUCCAAUGAUAAUGGUUUAGUCGCCGAUAUGCUCCCAAGUGUCGUAUCAAAUACAACAGAAAUAGCUGAAGCUGCUCUGGAUGGCGAUAUAGAUAUGGAAACGGCGGAAACACACACACAGGUCGCAUCAGCCGAGGUGAGUGUUGUAGAUGAUGUCGCAUUGCUUAAAGCAGCCACAUCAGCCGCAGUCGCAGGCAGCGCUGCCACCGAACCCAUGGACGGAAUUGUCGUCAGUGAAACCGCAAAGAAUGCAGAAUGCGGCGGUCUCUUUGGCCAAACGCGGCUAGAAAAUGGCAACAACACAGCAACUUUGGCCACUGAAGAAAUUGCCAAUUAGAUGACGGCAAAAAAAUGUAACGGGCAAGCCGAGCCGUGUGUAGGUGAGUGCUUCUCUCAAGGGCCGACAACGUAAUCAAAGAGAGAGAGUGAGAGAGAGAGGAUAACUAUGAGCGAAAAAAAAAAAAAACAAAAAAA